AUGGCUGCUCAGUGCGGUCUCCUCCUGCUCCUUGCCUGCAUGCUGGCCCUGCCUGCCCCACAUCUCACCGGCAGCAUCCAAAGCCAGUCCCUCUCCAAACGCUCGGCCUUGAAUAGCACUGUGUCUGCUCUGAGCACGUUAGUGAACGGUCAGCUCCGGCUGGUGAAUGGCUCCAACCAGUGCUCUGGACGGGUGGAGGUUUGGUACCGCAAUGAGUGGGGAACAGUGUGCGAUGACAGCUGGGACAUGAGAGAUGCCGCUGUGGUGUGCAGGCAGCUUGGCUGCGGAGACGCAGUGUCAGCCCAGAGUAACGCUUAUUUUGGGCGUGGAUCUGGGCCUAUAUGGCUGGACGACGUUAACUGCAAUGGGGAGGAGGAGCUUCUCACGCAGUGCUCCCUGCGGGCUUGGGGAGAGCACAACUGCGGGCACAGCGAGGACGCAGGCGUCGUGUGCUCAGGUUGGCCCAAGGACUGCAGCGAGAUCCCCACUGGCAGCCCCAGCGGCAUCUACGUGAUCCAGCCCACAGGACUGCACCCCAUCGUGGUGUACUGCGAGAUGAACCUGACCGAUGGGGGCUGGACGGUCAUCCAGAGGAACAAGCAGAGCACGGAGAUCACCUGGGCCGAGUCCUGGAGCACCUACAAGUACGGCUUUGGGAACGUGCACACCGAGUACUGGCUGGGCACCGAGUACAUCCAUCAGAUCACCAGGCAGAAGGGCUACCAGGUCAGGUUUGCCAUCUGGGAUGCCGCAAACAACACCAGGUUUGCAGACUACAAUCUCUUCACUGUGGAGGACGAGUCCCAGGGCUACCGGCUGAGGCUGGGAACAUACUCAGGGACAGCAGAGGAUGCCAUGGCCUCAAAGAGUCCCACCGCCACACAUGACAACAUGAAGUUCUCCGCCAAAGAUCUGGAUCAGGACACUGCCAGCGGCAACUGCGCCUCCAGCUACGGGGGCGGGUGGUGGUACUCGGCGUGUUAUUCUGUGCGGCUGAAUGUCAAGGGGGCCAUAACGUGGGGCAGCCUGUGCAACGGGAACUGCAAAGCUUCUGCCAUCCUCAUCAAACCCAUCACCUACUGCUAG